AUGUUUAAGAGAUUUACCAAGAAGAGAGAAGUUCCUGAAGAACCAAAAAACUUAAUUGACAUUGACAAACCUAUUAAAGACCUUCCUGCCUCGGUAUCUAUUCCAAAAGAAAGACCGCUUACCGAUGAACAAAAAAAAUUGUAUAAGGAAGUUCUGAAACACUUCAGCAAUCCUGAAUUGAAGAUCUAUACAAGUGAAAAAAAUAGGUCGGAAGAUGACGUCAAACCCCUAGAGGAAGAAGAAAAAGCUUGGCUGACAAGGGAAUGUUUCUUACGUUACUUGAGAGCCACCAAAUGGGUGCUAAAGGACUGUAUCGAUAGAAUAACUAUGACUUUAGCAUGGAGAAGAGAAUUCGGCAUCAGUCAUUUGGGAGAAGAACACGGUGAUGUAAUAACUGCUGACUCCGUGGCAGUUGAGAAUGAAUCCGGUAAGCAAGUCAUUUUGGGUUACGAAAACGAUGCAAGACCCAUUCUAUAUCUGAAACCGGGCAGACAAAACACAAGGACUUCCCAUAGACAGGUGCAGCACUUAGUCUUUAUGCUAGAAAGAGUCAUUGAUUUUAUGCCAGCUGGUCAAGAUUCCUUGGCUUUGCUGAUAGAUUUCAAGGAUUACCCUGACGUGCCCAAAGUUCCCGGUAAUAGUAAGAUUCCACCCAUUGGUGUAGGUAAGGAAGUGCUGCAUAUUCUACAAACUCACUAUCCAGAAAGAUUAGGAAAGGCACUUUUAACGAACAUCCCUUGGCUAGCAUGGACUUUCUUAAAGCUGAUUCAUCCCUUUAUUGAUCCAUUAACCCGUGAAAAACUUGUGUUUGAUGAGCCAUUUGUUAAAUAUGUCCCCAAAAAUGAACUAGAUUCAUUGUAUGGUGGUGAUCUAAAAUUCAACUAUAAUCACGAAGUAUACUGGCCAACCCUAGUGGAAACAGCGCGCGAAAAAAGAGAUCAUUAUUUCGAAAGGUUUCAAAGCCUCGGUGGUAUUGUCGGUUUAAGUGAGGUCGACUUAAGAGGUACUCAUGAUAAACUUCUCUACCCGGUGAAAUCGGGAAAGAGUACCGUGUAA